ACGGUGCGUUUUUGGCAGCUUUUGCUUCAGAAGAGAAAAGGUUUGGUCUGUGAUAAUGGUGUUACUAGUGUAGUUGCUGCCUGUGCGCUGCUCUCAGUCGUCGUCUUCUUCUCUCUCGGUUUCCAUUUCCUCUGCGGAUUGGAUUGCAGGAAAUUAAAAUGAAGUGGUACUUUAUAGCUUCGCUCCUCACCGUCCUCACCAGUUCUCAGGGAAUCUUAACCACAUUAUCACAGAGUAAUGGGAGAUAUAAUUAUGACUAUGCCACGGUUCCUUUCCUUGCUGAGGUUUUUAAGCUUAUGGUAUCGAGUUUUCUUCUAUGGAGAGAGUGUCGGAGAUCACCUCUACCUAAGAUGACUACGGAUUGGAAGACUGUUUGCUUGUUCCCUAUUCCUUCUAUUAUAUAUUUAGUCCACAAUAAUGUCCAGUUUGCUACCCUGAUGUAUGUGGAUACAUCUACCUAUCAGAUAAUGGGAAACUUGAAAAUUGUCACGACCGGGAUAUUAUUCAGGUUGUUUCUUAAGAGAAAGCUUUCUAAUCUGCAGUGGAUGGCAAUUAUUCUGUUGGCUGUUGGUACAACUACAAGCCAGGUCAAAGGUUGUGGUGAGGCUUCGUGUGAGUCCCUUUUCUCAGCACCAAUUCAAGGAUACAUGUUUGGCAUUUUGUCUGCUUGUCUUUCUGCAUUGGCUGGUGUUUAUACAGAGUUCUUGAUGAAGAAGAACAAUGACAGCUUAUACUGGCAGAAUGUACAAUUGUACACGUAUGUAUCAUUUCUUUGAAAAAACAUGUCUGACUACUAUCAUUUAAGGGAACUGUUAGAAGGAAAUGUAAAGCUGGAGAGCAACUAGGUUGUUUUAUUCAGAAGGAGAUAUUAUUCUUUCAGGUUUGGUGCAAUCUUCAACAUGGGACGGCUUCUGUUGGAUGAUUUUAGAGGUGAAUUCGAGAAUGGACCAUGGUGGCAGCGCCUUUUUAAUGGAUACACUAUUACUACCUGGAUGGUGGUCUUAAAUCUUGGGUCCACUGGGCUUUUGGUUUCUUGGUUAAUGAAAUAUGCUGACAAUAUAGUGAAGGUGUAUUCAACAUCCAUGGCCAUGCUAUUGACAAUGAUUCUGUCUGUGUUCCUCUUUAAUUUCAGGCCAACACUGCAGCUUUUCUUGGGAAUUAUUGUUUGCACGAUGUCACUACACAUGUACUUUGCUCCUCCAAAUCUGCUUCUAGAUUUGCCUUCAACUAGAAAACGAGAUCCAGAAAGCCUCGUCAAUGUUCCUGAUGAUCAUAGAACAGAUUCAUGAUGCCUAGACCUUACUUGAGGCAUGUAAUUAUUUUAUAGCUCUCCACGGAAAUUGAGUAUCAUUUCUUGUAAUACAUUCAUCUUACCAAGUCAAAUGUGUCAAAUAGGCAAAGGCAAAGUGUAGAACAGGUACAGACAUGAGAUGAGAAGGAUAACUAACAAGCUCAAGUGCCCACCUUUGGUAACAUGGAUCUACUGCUCCUCCGUCAGGAAAAAAACCCGAUCCCUUCUAUUGGAUCGAUGUGGUGGAUAUUCUUCCUCGCUAUAUGCCCUUCUUUGUGGUAAAUUCCAUGUUGUUAGUAUAUGCUGUUGCUUAUACUAAUAACAAGAUACUUGGGCUGCUUGUUUACUUUAAUAAUAUGUAGUAAUGUUACUGUUCUCUCUGUUAAGUUGCAAUCUGUGAUUCACCAUAUUCAUUAGAAACACAGAGCACUAGUUCUUUCUGUUAAGUUGUAAUUAUGCUUGAUGUAUUUUCUUUUUCUAUCACAAAUUUAUUUAGAACAUAUAUUUUAAAUAAAAGUUUAAUAAUUGA